GCACAAAGGCGACGAAGACAGGCUCAUGCAAGACAGAACUUUCCAUGUCCAUACAAACACUGUCGAGAAAAAGGCCUUAUUGAAUAUGAAGGUAUCACGGCAGUACACUUUGUGAGGCUAUGUCCAGAAGCAAAAGGGCCCUCAAGAUCAACGGAUGGAGCUGUUGGGUAUGAUCUUAGUUCAACUGCUAAGAUAUUCAUCCAGCCUCAAGAUCGUUGUCUUAUCCCUACUGGAAUAGCAUUACAAAUUCCAUUUGGCAUGUAUGGAAGAAUUGCACCGCGAUCCGGGUUAGCACUACAACAUGGAAUUCAUGUGGGUGCAGGUGUUAUUGAUCCCGAUUAUCGUGGGGAAGUUAAAGUCCUACUCUUUAACUUUGAUUUGAAGAUGUUUAAGAUUCAACCUGGCCAACGAAUUGCUCAGAUCAUUUUUGAAAAGGUUGCAUUGCCUAGAAUGGUAGAACAAGACGGAUUCCUAGACAUAACAGGACGAGGCACUAGCGGUUUUGGUCAUUCAGGAAUGGCUUCGGAGCCUAAGGAAAAAUGGACGUCUGCUUCAAAGGAACGGAGGAAUUCAUCGCUGUUUACAUUGAUGAUAUUCUUGUAUUUUCACCUAAUGAACAGACUCAUGAGAAGCAUAUCCACGUGA